AUGCGUCUCAAGGACGCGCGCCGCUUGAACGGGUUGCUGAUGAAUGUCACGGACGCGGAUGGCACCACAGUGUUCAGCACGGUGGGCGAUGCGGAACAUGAGGGUUUCGAUGGUGUGAAGGGCAACAUCUCCAUCACGGCCAAGCCGCACCACGCCGUUCUGAAGGGCCGGCUGUCGUUCACCGUCCCUGGCCCCGACGAUGCCGACGAGAAUGGCACCGAAGUCACUGGCACGUGGAUCUAUGUUUCGCGUGGCGUGGCCCAGACAGAGCACGAAGACGAAGUUCAAGCGUUCCACGAGCUGCAUGAAGCCAUGCUUGCCAAGGCGAAGGAGCCAGUUGCGGAUAUCUUUGAAUCGUACAUGCAGAUGCGCAACGGGGCUUAG